CCUAGAGUCACUUCCGGCGUUACGGAUCACGUGACUACUUUGGCGGUCAACUGCUCGCGCGUCGUCUAUUGACGUCACUUCAGCGCAGGACCUUGCGAUUGGUUAAUCUGGCAGGAAAACUACACGAGUGGCUGCGAUCGAUCGUCACGUGAUCAUACCGGACGCUUCCGUAAUUCGUGCGGUUGCUCGCUGUGUGCGAGCACACGUAUGCACUACGCUUCGUAAGCGGUGUAAAAACCAGUAAAAACAAAGGUGGAAAAGAAGGUUAAAAGAGGAUUCGUUCAAUCUGCUUCGCGCGCGAAUUAGAUCAAGGAUGGAGAACAGCGGCGAGAGCGGUGACGACGGUCCAUUGGGCUCGUCCUUUUUGGGCGGUAGCACCGUCGCAACGUCCUACAUUGGCGUGCAAUCGGAUGAUUUGGAAGAUGAUCCUGAGAACACGGAUGACUCAAAUCACGGCACGGGAGAUCCUUUGCAGAGCCCCGGGGUCUCCACUGGCGGUGGGCCACUUCGCGAGCAGGAUCGCUUCUUGCCAAUCGCAAACGUCGCCAAGAUCAUGAAGAGAGCUAUUCCGGAGUCCGGGAAGAUCGCCAAGGAUGCGCGUGAGUGUGUUCAGGAGUGCGUGUCAGAGUUCAUCUCCUUCAUCACGUCGGAGGCGAGCGACAGGUGUCACAUGGAGAAGCGUAAGACUAUCAAUGGUGAGGACAUUUUGUUUGCCAUGACCACGCUCGGUUUCGACAAUUACGUCGAGCCGCUGAAAGUGUACCUGCAGAAGUAUCGCGAGACGACGAAGGGUGACAACACCGCGAACCCGGGCGCGGCGACUGGUAACGGAAAAACGGAGCCACAGAAUAUGUACGAGGACCAGCUGUUCGCUAUUACCGCGACGGCGUCCAGUGUGACCACUUCCGACUCGUCUGUCAUCUACAGUUAUUCGUCGAACGAGCAGAUGCAGUUUCAGCUUUCCUGAUCACCGGGAGUUGAUGAAGUGAUAUUGAUAUAAGUAUUUAUCGUAUUUGUUCCGACGAGACACACUGUGUGAUCUGUGAAACAUGGGCAUGAGGACGAUCGCGUACAGAUCCAAUCACAUGGAAAAGAAGUACGAUUUUUGCCUAGCAAUAUGCGUAGCAAUUUAAGUUUUAAUAUUAAGAUCAUGAUCCAUAUUAUAAGAUUUGGUCGAGAAUGAGGUUCUCAGAGAGACAAAGUAACUUUGUAAAGAAGCAAUUUGUAAGCGUGGGCGUAAAAAAUAAACCAGGAGGCUUCGCGAACGAGA